AUACGUUUCGCCGCCCAUAAUCAAUUCCGGGUUCUGUAAUCAAUAUCAAUACUUCCUGUUUGUUUACAAAUACUGGGCGAGAUAUUGACUGAUUUAUGUAGCAUGUUAAUAAAUUUUGAACAGGAUAAAUUUUAUGCCUGUAAAACUAUAUGCUGCCAUUUAAAGCGUUUGACAGGGUUUUAUUUAGAACAGUUAAAAGUGUACGGAAUAUUGAACUUUCCGUGUAGCUUGCAAAUCAAACAGCUAUAGAUCUAAUAUUAUUAUUAUAUUAAUUCUGUGUGUAAAUCAAUACAUGAAAAAUCAAAAUUGGAUAUAUUUGUACUGAUGACUUGAAGAUCUGACUACUGCCAAAAAAUAGUAAGAGCCUGUUUGGUGUAAGUGAAAAGAUAAUUGACUAUUAUUUAGCUGGUAGCAUAGUUCUUUUUUUUUAAGUCAAUAGCUAUGGCAAUGGAACUGAAAGGGAGAGUGCUUGUGUAUUCAAUAUUGGGUUGUCCCCAUUGCAUGAAGGCAAAGAACACCCUACAGGAGCUAGGGGUACCAUACACUGAUAUCAGCCUUGAAAAAUAUCCGCAGGCUAGGCAAGACUUACAGAUGCGUGCACAGAAAAGAACGGUCCCACAGAUAUUCUUCAAUGCUAAACAUAUUGGUGGAAACGAUGAUCUUCAAAACUUGAUAAAAGACCAGGAAAAGUGGACAGAGGCGCUAGAUGAGUUGAAAACUACUCCUCCUGGUCCUGAUGCACCACCAGUACCAGAUCCUAGCACAGCUGUUGAAUCCUCAGACCCAGGAGACAUUGUGUGUGAACCAGACGAAUAUGCAGAGUUUGUCAAAGAGCUGAGAAAUUCUGGAAUUAUAAAGGACCAUAGAUCUUUGUUGAGAAGUUACAAAAACUCUUUCAGUGGCAGAGAAUUUGUUGACUGGGUUGUGAAAACUAAACAAGUUGAUCGUGAAAGGGCAGUAGAGAUGGGUCAGGCUUUGAUAGAUCGCCAUUUUGGACACCAGUUGAAAAACCAGGAAACAUUCCAGGAUGCAGAUGUAUAUUACAGACUUCUCGAGGAUGAUGAUAGUAGUGCAUUGAAUGCAGGACCCUCAGAUUGUAACCCUAGACCAGCUGGUGAGCUUGGUGAAGACCUACGGAAGCUUAUUUUGAAAAUUUACAGUAGUUACUUGUCUGCUGAUGGUAAGAAAGUUAACUACAAUGGUAUUGGAAAAAGCAGUGAGUUUGAACAAUAUGUACGUCUAGCCAAAGAACUGGUGCGGGUACAGAUUGUUGAGGCAACAAGAGAAGAGAAGCUGGCAUUCUUCAUCAAUGUAUACAAUGCACAGGUGAUACAUGCCAAUGUAACUAUGGGACCACCUGUAAAUCUCUGGCAGAGAUACAAGUUUUUCAACACAGUGCGCUACAUUAUUGGCGGACACCAGUACUCUCUUCAGGACAUAGAAAAUGGAGUGCUUCGUGCAAACAGAAAAGGAAUGGGUAUGUUGAUGAAACCUUUUGGGUCAUCGGAUCCGAGGCUGAAGGUUGCCUUGGAAACACCAGAACCACUCAUACACUUUGCCCUGGUGUGUGGAGCUAAAAGCUGCCCACCAAUCAAAACAUACUCUGCUGAGGGUAUAUAUGAGCAGUUAAACUUGGCGGCAGAAUCAUUCCUGGAAGGGGAGGAUGGUUGCCAGGUUGAUAUGAGCAAGAGAACCAUCAAACUAUCACAGAUUCUCAAAUGGUACAGUGUUGACUUUGGCAAAAACAAAGAUGAGGUUGUAGACUGGGUACACAAACAUUUACCAGACAGUGAGAAGAAAACUCAAGUUGGAGAGUUACUGCAGAGCAAAAAUUACAAACUAUCACAUAUGCCUUACGACUGGGGAAUCAACUCUUAAAGUGAUAAUGACUUAUGAGAAGCAUGUGAAAAGAUACUUUCAAACAUAUCAUUACUCCAAGUUCAGGAUAUUACUAUUUUUUGUAUCUCUUUGUUAUUUAAACACAUUUUCAUGUAUAACAUGUAUCCAAACAUUUAUUACGCAUAACUUAAAGCUUAUUUUGAGAUAAAGCAUGUAUGUAUAUAUAUAUAUAUAUAUGUAACUUUCAAUAUUGAUGAUAUUCAACAUAUUUAAAGAGAAUUCCUAUAGAUUUUUUCCUUUCAUAGAAUUUUUUCAAAUUCACAUAUAUGAUAGGAAAUUUUGUGCUGAAAACAAUGAACAAAUAAAAACAAUGGGUCACCAGGCUUGUUUUUGUGAAAAAUUGUUUUGAACACACCCACUGUUGCUGAAACUUCCAGCGAUUUUUCAACAUUUUCAUAAUUUUCUGCCUUUUUAGCUCACCUGUCACAAAGUGACAAGGUGAGCUUUUGUGAUCGCGCGGUGUCCAUCGUCUGUGCGUCCGUGCGUAAACUUUUCCUUGUGACAUCUCUAGAGGUCACAUUUUUCAUGGGAUCUUUAUGAAAAUGGGUCAGAAUGUUCAUCUUGGUAAAUUCUAGGUCAAGUUCGAAACUGGGUCAGGCGCCGUCAAAAACUAGGUCUGUAGGUUUAAAAAUAGAAAACCUUGUGACCUCUCUAGAGGCCAUAAUUUUCUAUGGAUCUUCAUGAAAAUUGGUCAAAAUGUUCAUCUUGAUGAUAUCUAGAUCAAGUUCGAAACUGGAUCACGUGCGGUCAAAAACUAGGUCAGUAGGUUAAAAAAUAGAAAAACCUUGUGACCUCUCUAGAGGCCAUAUAUUUCACAAAAUCUUCAUGAAAAUUGGUCAGAAUGUUCACCUUGAUGAUAUCUAGGUCAAAUUCGAAACUGGGUCAUGUGCCUUCAAAAACUAGGUCAAGAGGUCUAAAAAAAGAAAAACGUUGUGACCUCUCUAGAAGCCAUAUAUUUCACAAAAUCUUUAUGAAAAUUGGUCAGAAUGUUCACCUUGAUGAUAUCUAGGUCAAGUUCGAAACUGGGUCACGUGCAGUCAAAAACUAGGUCAAUAGGUCUAAAAAUAGAAAAACCUUUUGACCGUUCUAGAGGCCAUAUAUUUCACAAGAUCUUCAUGAAAAUUGGUCAGAACGUUCACCUUGAUGAUAUCUAGGUCAAGUUUGAAACUGGGUCACGUGCCAUCAAAAACUAAGUCAGUAGGUCAAAUAAUAGAAAAACCUUGUGACCUCUCUAAAGGCCAUAUUUUUCAUGGGAUCUGUAUGAAAGUUGGUCUGAAUGUUCAUCUUGAUGAUAUCUAGGUCAAGUUUGAAACUGGGUCAUGUGCCAUCAAAAACUAGGUCAGUAGGUUUAAAAAUAGAAAAAACGACGUCAUACUCAAAACUGGAUCAUGUGGGAAGAGGUGAGCGAUUCAGGACCAUCAUGGUUCUCUUGUUAUAAAUACCAACCAAAAUAUACAUCAGGACAGCACAAUAAGGUUGAUUCUUUUUACGGAUUUAAUUAUAUAGUUAUUAGAUAUCACAGUCAUAUUUGUAAUACUUUAUCCUUACAAUAAUGGGUACAAAUGAAAAAUAAAUCUUGUUUCCUAUUCACUUUUGUGAACUUUUUUCAAUGAAAAAUACCCAUACUGAAGAAUAUUUUUUUAAAUUUUGAAAAAACUGUUUCAUAGAAUUUUUUCCUAUUUUUCUUGUGUAUGAAUAAUUGUAUUGUGAGAAUAAAAAUGGCUAAAAAUUUAUGGGUCACCAGGCUAAAUUUUAUGUAAAGACCGCUUGAAUACAACACCUGUUCAGACAAAAAAUGGCUCGAACCUGACCAAACUGAUUACAUGUAUAUCUGCUAGAAGUUAAAUUUUUUUUUAAAAAUUUUUAAUUCUUUCUAUAAUUGAAUAUUAAAUAAUCUGAAAGGUGAUUUUGUUGUAUCAGAACUAAGUCAAUUGUCUUACAUUAUAUGAACAACACUGUCUUUGUACUAAAAUGCGAUGUGAAAACACAACCACAAAAAUGGCAAGAUACCUGGCAGGCAUGAUACUUGUCAAUACAACAUAAACAAGUAUCAACAUUUGAUUACUGAUAAAACUUACCAAAAAUGUUAUUUCAUUCAAGAUUCCUCAUAUUUAAUGUUGUCUGUCACAUGUUUAAACAAAUGUUGACUUCAUUUCAGUUUUCCAUAGAAAGUGUCGGCUGCGCAGAAAGAUGCGCCUAAAAAACUAUAGGAAUUCCCUUUAAAAGUUAAGGUUUUACCAUGCUCAGAAUGAUGUCUCUUACCCCUAAUUUGUGACCAUCACUAUCCUUAAACAGCAUUUCUCAGUUUCCCAUUUAAAAGCUUUUUUCCUCAAACAGCUGUUGUUGCUCUUGUCGCAGAUGUUUGUUUGUAGACUCUGUCUUAGUUUAUACUAAUGUCUCCCACACCACUGUGGAGUGGGAGACAUAUUGAUUUGCUACUGUCUGUCUGUCUGUGUCCCUCCGUCUGUCACAAAUCUUCGUCGAACCUUUCUCAUCCAAUCUUCACCAAACUUUAACAAAAUGUGUUUGCUGAUAGGUCCUCGGCCAGGUUCGAUAACUAGCCAAAUCAGCCCAGGCGCUUUGGAAUUAUGGCCCUUGAAUUACCGAUAGGCCGCUUUUUCCGACACUUGCCUGACACAAAUCUUGUCAGCACUCUAAGUAGAGCAUUUCAAAUCUGAUCUUACCAAACUUGAACAAAAUGUGUUUGCCAGUAAGUCCUCAGCCUAGUUCAAUAACUAGCCAAAUCAGCCCAGGCACUUUGGAAUUAUGGCCCUUGAAUUGCCGAUAGGCUGCUUACUCCAACACUUAUCCGAUAGGCCGCUUAAUCCAUAACUAUCAAAGGUAUAUUUUCUGUGAGUAUACAAUAUAUAAAGACAGACUUACUAUUCAGGUGAUUGGGCAGUUGUAGGAGACAUGCGCUUUUCUCAAAAGCAGCUCUAGUUUAUUUUUAUAUUUAGCUUCAUUGUGAUGAAAGCAUUAAGCUUAUUAAAACCACUCUCGUCUGUUUGUCUUAUAUCAUAAAUUAUGAGGUUUGGUCAUGGCCCCAGUAGGGUUCAAACCCAAGACCCCCACUGAGCAGCCAACAUCUUAACCACUAGAACACAUUUCACACAUCUUUCAAAUAUCCCAUGACAAAAAGUCUUCAUAAGUGGCAUCGGAAGAGCGGAGUUUGAAUAAUUGAAAAGGGAUGUCAUUUUGAAGCAUAUUCUAAAUGGAACUUAUUUUGCAUAUGAUAUUCUGAAGAAUCUCGGUAUACCCUGUUCUUGUCACUGCUUGCUUAAUUCAUUACUUUUGUAUGAUAAUUCAUUUCUGAAAUGAGAAUAUUGGUAAAAAUACUUUGUAAAAAGAGUAAAAAUUUCAACUGAUGUAAUGUUAUUGUAUUUUUUGUCAGUGGUUUUCUAAAACUUCUUUCGCUGAAAUAGAUCACAAAUAGAUAAAUCUGUCUUAUUCAUUAAAAUAUAUUGUAAUGGAGUAGUGGUUUCUAGCUCAGAUUCUUUUCUGAAAGGCAAGAAUAAGGUUACCAAGAAAAGUUGGCACUUUCAAAGAGACCUUUCAAAUGCUGUAUAACAUAUCUUGAUCUGCCAUUCAUGAAAGUCCUUGUUACAGGUAGAUCAAACAGUUCAUUUCUGUCUUCUAUCAUUUAAAUGUUUAUACGCAAUGUUUAUGUAUAUGAUAAACAUAUUUCUGUGUUCUUCAGCUUUUCAGUACACAUAUUUUAAAUGCCACUGUCUGUAAAUUGCUUGUAAUAAAAUGUUAAAUCCUUAGAAA